AAGAUGGCGGACGCCGGUCGGCCACAACGCAAGAUGUCCCGGGCCGGGGAGAGCUUAUAUCGCAUCCUGGGGCUGGAAAAGGGGGCUUCUUCAGAAGACAUCAAGAAGGCAUACAGGAAACUGGCUUUGAAGUACCACCCAGACAAGAACCCCGAUAACCCCGAAGCAGCGGAGAAAUUCAAGGAGAUCAACAAUGCCAACACUACCCUCAGCGACGAGAACAAGCGGCGGAUCUACGACGAGUACGGCUCGAUGGGGCUCUACGUGGCCGAGCAGUUUGGGGAGGACAGCGUCAAGUACUACUUCGUCAUGUCCAAGUGGUGGUUCAAGCCGCUGACCGUGUGCUGCAGCCUCCUCACCUGCUGUUGCUGCUGCUGCUGCUGCUGCUUCUGUUGCGGGAAGUGCCGCCCCCCUGAAGACGAGGAUGCCUACAAACACGUCAACCCCGAAGACCUGGAGGCCCAGAUCCGAGCCGAGGACGAAGGUGUCAGCGCUAUCCGUAUGCAGCCUACCGCCACAUCGCACAGUACGGAUGCGACUCAGGCCCGCAAGCCAUGA